AUGGAUCUUGUUUGUUUAAAAAAACUAUCUUGUAAUCAAGGAGCUAUACGAGCUGUUCGAUUUAACGUUGAUGGGUGUUAUUGCUUAACUUGUGGAUCAGAUAAAAAAAUUAAAUUAUGGAAUCCUUAUAAAUCUUUACUUUUAAAAACUUAUGGCGGACACGCUAGUGAUGUGACUGAUGCUUGUGGUUCAUGUGAUAAUAGCCAAAUAAUUUCAUGUGGAUUUGAUAAGACUGUAAUACUAUGGGAUGUCUCUUCUGGACAAAUUUUAAAAAGGUUUCACGGACAUGCUGGAAAAGUUACUUGCAUAAAAUUUAAUGAAGAAUCUUCUGUGGCUAUAUCAGGAUCUCAAGAUAAUACAGUAAUAUUUUGGGAUGUUAAAGGCAAAAAAAAUGAUCCAAUUCAGGUGCUCAAAGAUGCUGAAGACUGUAUAAGUAGUAUUCAAGUAAAUGGUCAUGAAAUUUUAGUUAGUUCUUUAGAUUGUUGGGUUAGGUUGUAUGAUAUACGAAUGGGAAAAUAUUUUGCAGAUUUUAUUGGAGAUUCAGUGACUUAUGCAACUUUUACCAGAGAUUCUCAAUGUUUACUUUUAAGUUCAGAAAAUGUAUUGAGAUUAUUUGAUAAAGAAAAUGGAGAAAUCCUUUCAGAAUACAGUGGACAUAAUUCUAAAGAUUAUUUAAUUGAAUGUUGUGUUAGCUUAAAAGAUAAUUAUGUACUAUCAGGAUCUGCUAAUAAGAAUUUGUGGUGUUGGGAACUUCUUUCUAGCAAAUGUUUCAAGUUGUUUCCUCAUGAAAAUGAAAAUAUAGUUCAUUCUAUUUCUCCUCAUCCUACAAAAGAAUUAUAUGCAACAGCCGCCGGAAGUAACAUAUAUUUAUGGGGUGAAAAUAAUAAAGAUUAA